AUGACUCAACAAUCUCAUAAUAAUACCCUGCGACACUCACUCACUGAUGGCUCAGUGACAACACAAGACAUUGCCAAUCUCUAUUCCAACUUACAGACCAUGAUGGGCUCUGUACCUAAAUCACCAAAACUGUCUGAAGAAAUCUGGCAACGUAAUCCACUACCUGUCACGCCUACUCACUCUUCACCUACACCCAAAAAGAAAAUACCCAAAGAGCCUCAUUGUCCUUGUCAUCAUAUCCUUGUUUCCAAAGAUUCCCAACACUGUGCCUUGUGUGACGACGUGAUACCAAUUUUGUCUGAGCUGCAGCAGGAAAGAGAAAAGCAGCAGCAGACAUUGACCGAACGUGAAGACGCUUUAUCAGCUGAGCGUGAAAGAGCUAGAACUCUUGAGCAGGACGUUACCGCACUCAACAAAAAGUAUAAAGAUGUAUCCGAUCGAUUAGACCAAAGAAAUCAAGAGUAUACUUCACUUCAAAAGGAUAUGAAAACACUUGAAGAAAAAUACAGCGUUGAGAAACAAGAAGUAGAAAAGGCAAAGAAAGCAAAGGCUGAUGUUGAGAGUGAACUGGAAGAAUUAUCACAACGACUAUUUGAAGAAGCAAAUGGAAUGGUUGCUAACGAGAAACGAGAGAGACAUCAGAUCGAGAUACAGUAUAGGCAUCUUCAGCAGGAGUUGAAGAUAUGUAGGGAACAAAUGGAAGCAGAAGAAUUGCAGCUCAAGGAGCUAAAAAUAAAGUUGGCAGAUUUAGAUCAAAGAAGAUUUAGUAAAAAUAGUCGUCUGGAUGAUUUGAAUAGUACAACGAGUAGUAGUCUGUCUCUAAGCGACGAAGAAGAUCAACUGGUAGAAAAGCGAGCAUCUGGGGAUUCGUCACUACUAUUUUUAAAGCAGGAUGACACUGAUUGUAUGAUCGGCCAAGCUGAUUCGCUAUUAUUGCAUGAAUUUGAAGAGUUUAUGCUAUCGAGUAAAUCAAUGCCGAUUCGUAAACUGCAUACACAAACAUACAUGAAGCAUUGCCUAACUGAGGAUAUUGAACCAUGCCUUCGGUUUGGACCUAACAGCCGAUUGGUUCCUAAGAAACUAUAUGAAGCCAUGCUAUUAAAUACAUGCUUUAUUGAAGAAACUCCCGAGGGUUUUGUACAAGAACAGGCAAAGACAAGAGGACCAGAGAAUCCAUUAAAGAUAUCUGCAGCCAAGACGAUGAUAUGGGAACGAUUAUCAUCCAGUACGGCAAUACCCGGUGCAUUCCUGGCUGGAUGUCAAGCAUGUGGAAGAGAGACAUCGGAGCUGCCAUAUCGAUUUAGAAUUUCCCGUUUAGAUGACUGGGCAUGCAUCGAUCGGUACUGUCGAGAUCGAUUAGUUGCUGUUUGUGAAUUCUAUGGCUUUAUAAGGAAUGUUCUUCAGGGAUAUUACAAUGGACGUAGCGUGUCUGAUCUUUUCCAAGAAUCGAUAAAAUUAAAAUUGCGGAUGUUCUAUGCAAGGAUAGGAACACUGUCACAGACAGUAAGUAAAGAAGAAGUAGGACAUAUAUCAGAUACCAAACAAGUAGAUGACGAUAACUGCUCAACAAGUACGGCCAAGAGCGAUUCAUUGGCAUCAAUUCAAAGUCAAAAAGAAGCUCGUGAUACAAUCCGUUCAUUCUCGAUCCAUCCAGGAAACUCAGUCUGGAUAAACCUAUGA